AGUUGGGGCCACUCCAGAGGAGUUCCGGCGUCCCGUUUAACGGCAUUGGAAGGAGGACUUCGACCGAAACGUUAGCUCUUGCUACGCGCCCACUUCAUAGGCGGCCAUCACGUAUCAGUUUGGUCAUACUAUGACGCCCUGUGGCGGAAUUGAAACGAUGCUGGACUCGUUGAUUCCGCUCUUGCUCAAAUAUCGGCCGGUGCAAAGGAUUAGAAAGUACUAUCUACCCCCCCCCUCUCCCGUCAUCCAAUAUGCUAUCAGCUUUUUGGCAAGCGAUGGCAGGGUACACACCAGUGAUGACGUCGAAAGACAGCGAUACAGAAGGAGGGAACGCUACCAGCUGUUGGACCGACCAUCUGAUUAUGUGGACAUCUAUUGGAACCCUAUUCUCGUCUCUAAUCACCCUGUUAAUGGUGGCGUUGAAUAUUGUCAAUUUUACGUCCAGCAUGCACGGAUCUCCCAUCGUUCAAACCAGACAACCUAGCCAGUACAUUCAUCUUGACUCUGUUUUCCGGAAUAACCAUGAUCGGAACGCCUCGCACCACACUUCCGUCGUGAAUUUCCCCGAUAUUGUAACACAGAUAGAAGCACGUAGCCCUGGUCGCCUAGUGCAAGAAGAUACAAGCCGUCAGUGGCGCACCCCGCUCGGUACCGUAUUUCCAGAUGAUCGACAUGUUAUCGUAUCUUCGGAGACAUCAACGGUACUCCAGUUCUUCCACUUGGACUACGGAAUGGAGUAUUGCUCUUUGACGUUAUCGAUCCCUCCGCCCAGCGAUGGAUUUGACCCGGAAGUGAAGCUAGAGAAUGAUACAGUCAUCGACGUUUGGCUGCUACAGUCGGAGUGGUCAAAGUGCCUCAUACGUGCAUCUUCUGGGGAAACCGCACCGAAGAGAAUGGCACUGGUAGCCAGUGUUCCUAUCCGUUUUGGAGAGCCUUUCGUGACGGACAGAUUCCGUUGUCCUUCAGGCGAGCUAUCGCUGUUUGAACUGUCGUGUUCGCCUUCAAGUGCGCACUCUUGCCAUGUCGAGUUUUGGCAAAGUGGAGAAAUCUCGCCGCAUGCAGGGGCGUAUAUCACGCAAGAGUGCAGUCUGGAAGGAAGAGAAGUGUAAGAUAAUGGACCGUCUCCAUCACGGUACCCUAUAGCUAUAUAAUUAUAAGCUACUUACAUAUGUUAAAUAGAUUUUCCUAAUGUGCAA